UUCAAUUAACUCUUUUCUAGUUUUAACUACUCAUUUAGCUAAAGUUUAAGUUGAGCAGACUUUAAGUAAAACAAACAACUGCACUACCCCCAUCGAAUAGAUGGUAUAUGCCUACCCAGCAGUCCAUGCGGGCCUAUGAAACCAUGGCGGCCUGCACAGUUAACGUGACAUUUCAAAUGAAUUCUUUGGUUAAGAGGUUUUUGUUGUGCAGUAUUCAGAAACAACAGUUAUUAAGGAGCUAUUCCCGCAGUGCCUCAUUAUGUCAGUGCCCAAUACCAGAGUCUACAAACAGAGAUUUGGAUGAAAUCAUUGUGCCCAAAAAGAAAAGCUGGGAUAAAUUGGCUGUUUUGCAAGCUCUUGCUGGUACAUGUAAUAGGGAUCCAACAUCUGCUCACUAUAUGUUCCAAGAUGACCCUUAUCUUACUCCAAAAACAUCUUUAGAAUUUAAAUUAUUUUCACUAUCUCAAGAAUCUGGUAGAAAUGCAGCCAAAUACAUUAUUAAUACUUAUCCCAAGUUUUUCCAGAGAGAUUAUGCUGAACCCCACAUUCCAUGUUUGAUGCCAGUAACAUCCGAACCUCAGAUUAAUGAUAUCAGUGAGGCUGCAUUGACAGAGAGAAUUCAGUUACGUAAGGUGAAAGAUGCUGUGGAUAUUUUUGAUCAAUUAUUGCAAGCGGGUAAACCAGUCUCUCUUGAAUCUACUAACAACCUUCUAGACUUAAUCUGCUUCUAUGGAGACAGAGAGCUUGCUCAAGAAAAUGAACCUGCUCAAAAAGACUCUGAAGUGGAAGAAGACCCUCAAGAAAAUCGGAAGAAAAGAAAACCAUGGACACGCAGGGGUUCAGAGUUGUUGGGUUUCACCUGGAGAGAUAACAACAAUGCAGAAAGGAUAUUCAAUCUUAUGACUGAAAGAAACGAGCGGUCCUUUUGUGCUUUGAUCAGAGGAAUGGUUAAGUAUGGUGCUUACACAAAAGCAUUUAGCACUUACACAGAUUUAAUGAACAAUCGAUUAACUGCUGAUGUACAUACUUUCAAUGCACUCAUCACUGCAGCACCCGAAGUAAGAGAAAAAUAUGCAGAGAAAUGGGAUCUCAUUGAGGAAUUACUGAAACAGAUGAGUUAUUCGAAUGUACAGCCUAAUCUUUUGACUUUCAAUGCUGUUCUGAGGAGCCUGAGAAGGUGUGGUCAUCUAAGCAAAGUAUAUUCCCUGCAAACUAUUAAGGAAAUGAAAGCACUCAAUAUUUCACCAAGCCUUGCAACAUUUGAUUAUCUUCUUUCAAUAUACUACAAAUCUAUAUCCUCUCCUAGGAAUUCCACUGAUCUCCUCAGUGCUGUCUUGGACGAGAUUGAGGGAAAGCAAUUAACUGUACAAGAUUCUAAUGAUGUGAACUUCUUUGUAAGUGCAAUGAAAAUAUGUUUGAACCUGAAAGAAGUGGAGAUCGCUUACCGGUUACACAAGAUUUUAGGUGAAGGACACAACUGGAAGUUACUGGGAGAUUAUUUCAAUCAAAAUGUGUUUUACGGCCAGUUGUUCAGCCUCAUAUGUAUGAUGGAAAAUAUUGAUGUUGUGCUUCAGUGGUACAAAGAGUUGAUUCCGUCUCUCUUUUACCCUAAUUAUCAAGGGAUGAGGGAUCUACUUCAGGCACUUGAUGCUGACAACCGUUUAGAGGUUAUUCCUCAAAUAUGGGAAGAUAUCAAGCAAUUUGGACUUGCCAACAAAGCAGAUUUGGUGGAAGAGGUCCUGAUGCUGAUGGCACGUGACAAACACAGUUUUGAGGUACAGAAUUCUUUUGCAGACUGUGCCAUGUCUGUAAUGUCUGCAUAUGAAGGAAUGGACUCUGAUCGCUCUGCCCUGAAUUGGACUUCUGGCAGCCUUGCCAAUGUUGCCACACUUCUCUUGAGAGCAGAUAGAAUCCAAGAAAGUUGGUCUGUGCUGCAGCUCUUCAAGGAGAACAGAGUUCCCAGUGUGGAGCUCCUGUCUGAAUUCUUGGACUGCACCAAAGUGAAAGAAGAUGGAGAUCUGGCCAUAAAUGUGCUAGAUAUGGCUGGAAGGUUCAGCUUGCCUACUACGCCUGAUCUGAUCAAGCGAGUAAAAGAAGAAUUCCCAUUAACUGAGGAGCAAAGAAAUCAUCUGAAUGAAUUGGAAAGUGCAACCUCUGACAGCAGUGACACAAGUGACAGUGACCAAGAAUGAAGUGAGCAGCAGGUGUUUCAGUCUGCCCAAGUAGUACGUAAUGCAAGAUAUUGAGACAACAUGGGGGAAAAACGGUGAAUUCAUCAGACGGUGGCCUACUUUGGCUUUUACUGU